GCAGUCAUUUAAGAACACACAUGAAAAGUGAGCGCAGGAAUUGCCACAUCCUUUCGUUGUGAUAUGGGCAGGGCAUAAAAACAUGACCCGUGUCUCAAAUGACAGUGCAACACAAACCGCUACUUAUUGCUCCAUAGUGAAAGGAGCAGCCUCGCGCUCUGUCUUUAAAUAAACGAAGGACUCGCUGCUCGAUUGCUCUGGUCUGGCGCGAACAUGGCAGAUUCAGAGGAUAAUGUUACAAUUCUUCAUUUGAAGUCUCUUCUGGAAAUGGACCCUUACCUCAAACCAUUUGAAAAGGACUUCCAGAGGAGGUAUGGGCUGUUUGAGAAGCAGCUCGCACUCCUUGAGGAGGCUGAAGGUGGCUUUGAUCAGUUCACAAGCAGCUAUAGCAGUUACGGAGUACAGCGGAUGCCAGACAACAGCCUCUUCUUUAAGGAGUGGGCCCCAGCCGCCGAGGCUCUUUUCCUCACUGGAGACUUCAAUGACUGGAAUAAUUUUUCGCAUCCCUACACUAAAAAGGAGUUUGGGAAAUGGGAGCUGCACAUGCCCCCAAAAGAGGACGAAACACCUGCUGUCACUCAUAACUCCAAGCUGAAGGUGGUUGUUCACACCAAAGCCGGUGAGCGACUCUACCGAAUCUCUCCUUGGGCAAAGUAUGUGACCCAGCAUGAGAAGGCCGUCAUCUAUGAUUGGGUACAUUGGGACCCUCCUCAACCUUACAUUCACAAGCAUCCUCGUCCUCAGAAGCCCAGGAGCUUACGGAUAUACGAGUCCCACGUUGGCAUCGCUUCUCCUGAGGGCAAAGUGGCAUCCUACAGCAACUUUACACACAACGUGCUGCCCAGGAUCAAAGAUCUUGGCUAUAACUGUAUUCAGCUGAUGGCGAUCAUGGAACAUGCCUACUACGCUAGCUUCGGUUACCAGAUCACGAGUUUCUUCGCUGCAUCAAGUCGUUUUGGCAGCCCAGAGGAACUCAAGGAGCUGAUUGACGUGGCUCACUCUCUGGGUAUCAUCGUCCUGCUUGAUGUGGUGCACAGCCACGCAUCCAAGAACACCGAGGACGGGCUGAACCACUUUGACGGCUCUGACUCCUGUUUCUUCCACAGUGGGCCCCGUGGAGUACACAGCCUCUGGGACAGCAGACUCUUCAACUACUCUAGCUGGGAGGUCUUGCGUUUCCUCCUGUCAAACCUGCGCUGGUGGAUGGAGGAGUACAGAUUUGAUGGAUUCCGGUUCGAUGGAGUCACAUCUAUGCUCUACCAUCAUCAUGGGAUCGGAACAGGAUUUUCUGGGGAUUAUGCUGAAUACUUUGGACUACAAGUAGAUGAGGACUCUCUUGUGUACCUCAUGUUGGCGAACCAUAUUUUGCACACUCUCAAUAAAGACUGCAUCACUAUUGCAGAGGAUGUGUCCGGUAUGCCCGCCAUUUGCCGACCAGUCAAAGAAGGAGGUCUUGGUUUUGACUAUCGCCUGUCCAUGGCCAUUCCAGACAAAUGGAUUCAGAUCCUUAAGGAAUUCAAAGACGAAGAUUGGAACAUUGGAAACAUUGUGUUCACGAUGACCAACAGGCGAUACGGCGAGAAAUGCAUCGCUUACGCCGAGAGCCACGACCAGGCCCUGGUGGGAGACAAAACGCUGGCCUUCUGGCUGAUGGACAAGGAUAUGUACACCAACAUGAGUGCUUUGAUUCCAAUGAACUCCGUUAUUGAUCGGGGGAUCCAGCUCCACAAGAUGAUCCGACUGCUUACCCACAGCCUGGGAGGGGAGGGCUACCUGAACUUCAUGGGCAAUGAGUUCGGCCAUCCAGAAUGGCUGGAUUUUCCACGAGUCGGUAACAAUGAGAGUUAUCAUUACGCCCGCCGGCAGUUCAACCUUCUUGAUAUGGCUGACCUGCGUUACAGUCAGCUCUACGCUUUCGACCGAGACAUGAACCGCACGGAGGACAAGUACGGCUGGCUGGCUGCUCCCCCGGCUUACGUCAGCACCAAGCACGAUGGAGACAAGGUGAUAGUCUUUGAGAGGGGUAACGUCAUCUUCAUCUUCAACUUCCACCCAACCAACAGCUACAGCAACUAUAGAGUGUCUGCGGGGCCUCCGGGGAAAUACAAGAUCAAACUGGACUCGGAUGAAACCCAGUAUGGAGGCCAUGGAAGACUGGAUCACAACACCGAUUUCUUCACUGAGCCAUUGGAAUUCAACAAUCGGCCCAACUCUAUGAUGGUUUACAUUCCCUGCAGAACCGCUAUUGUUCUGGCCAACGAGGAAAUCGAUUACUGCUAGUGAAGCACAAUCAGCGAUUCACCGCGAGAUGGAAAGCCAGCACGCUUCAACCUACCUUCAUUCACAGCGUGUUUGCCAUGAUCCUUUAGAAAGCACACAUUUUCCCUGGGAACUGCCACCAAACUCAAUUGAGUACAAGAUGUUAUGAAUACCUUCUUGGCCAUUUCAUCUCGGGUAACUUUUCCUGUCAUUGUUCAUACAUUAAUGAUGAAGAAGCUCUAACUUAGAUCAAUGCGUAAUCGAAAUCAAUAUAACCCCAAUAUAUCUGUUUUUCAAAUGCCUAGGUUUAUUUUUUUCUGUGGUAAAGUGUGAAAUUACUAUUCAACAAUCACUGUGGCCAGUAUUAUUAGCAAUAUUUGUCAGCACUGUAUUAGUAAUGCCGUAAAUAAUUGUGAAAAGUAAAUAUAAUUAAUUGACAAUAAGUGUGAUCUGUCUGCUAUUUAAUUCGAAUAUGACUCAAGCACUUUUUGAUGGGAUGGGAACUGUUCUGUAAAAAUAUGAGAAUGAACCGUGUAUUAAUUCAUCCUAGUUAAAACAAUCAUUCGAGAAGGAUGUCAGUUGAAUUAUAUAUUUUAAUACAUAACCUCUGUGUUAAGUCAUAAGAUCUAAGUUAUAAGUUAUGACAGGCUGUUUUUCAGUGCCUUCAAAAUGUUUUCAAUCACAACCAGGAUUUUAUAUUAAUUUCACUUACUAAAUUAGAUUUUUUUUUUUAAAUAAAAGCUGUAUUAAUACAGAUAUAAUAUAGCUUGCGCUAAUAAUAAUUCAUUAAUUUUCUGUUAGAAGACAGUCAAAAUCAAUAUCUGAAAUUCAUGUUUUACAAUAAUCAUUUUGUAGCACUGUUAGAGAUCCAAAAACAAGUCUGUGUGCAGAAACACAUGCAUUAUUAUCCGGAAGCUUCUCUUAUCAAAGCAUCAUAGGAAACUCUUGUGGUUUCGUGAUUCAGAGAAUCUAAAAUGUCCCUUUAUGAAAUUGAUGCUUGUAGAUGUGCAGUAAUUGAACCUGUUAUACUGAGAAAUGGCUUUCCAGAAAGCGUCUUGAAUAAAGGUUUACGCUUAUUCUACAUGAUUUUUGUUAUUUCGAAAAUACAGCAGUUAUUGUCGAAUGGUUUUAUUUAUGAAAAUUUAAAACAAAAGCAGUCAAAUGUAAAAGUUAUCUUGUUGUGAUGGUCAACGUUUGUUUGUGUGCAAUGUUAAACACUGGGCUGUUUGUGUGUGAAAGCCAUAUUAACUGAAAUAAAGCACUUCUAGAAACAAA